AUGGGGACAGAAGUCGCUUCACAGCCUCCAGAGGCACCGGAAACUGAGCAUAAGAAGGCAAAAGAGACAGUUGAUGAUGAUCUAGUACGCUGACUUUAUUUUAAAAUUAACUUUGUUCAGAGUGAAGAGGACAAGCAACUGCAGGAUGAACUAAAUAUGCUUCUGCAAAGGCUUGAGGAACCGAACACUGAAUUGUAUAAGCCGGCACUCGAGAGCCUCAAAACGCUUAUUAAGUCGUCCACCACUUCAAUGACAUCUGUUCCCAAACCCCUGAAAUUCCUCCGCCCACAUUAUGGCCGUAUAAAAGCAGUAUAUGAGAAAAUUCAGGAUCCCCUCACCAAAGUAUCUGCUUUGCUUUUAUAAUAGCCCUAGAGUUUUUGCGCCGAGGUAGUCUCUGUACUCGGAAUGACGAUGACCGAUAAUCCUGAGCUUAAACAUGAUACUCUAAAGUAUCGUUUGCUUGGGCACCAAGAUGAAAUAGGUGCCUGGGGCCAUGAAUAUAUACGUCACUUAACAAACCAGAUAGUCGAGUUGUGGGUCCAAAAUGACCUAUCCGGUUCAGCGGAUGGUAGUGAAGGUACUGUUUGGCCUUGCCUUGACGUUUUAGGACUCUCUGAGAGUGCCCAAAAGGAAAGAGCAGAUUACAUUGGCCUUGUUGAACAAAUAAUUCCGUAUUUGAUGGAGCACAACGCGGAGUCGGAAGCAAUUGACCUGUGCAUUGAGAUUGAACAGCUCCACUUUCUGGAAAAAUAUACCUCAAAGCUUAAUUUCCAGCGCGUUUGUCUUUACCUCACCAGCUGCGUCUCUUAUAUUUCGGAUCCGGACAAUACCAAGGUAAACUUAUUUAACGCGGUGCGACUGCGUUCAGGUUCUCCGAUGCGCCGAAACCUUAUACAGAAAGUUUGGUGAUGUUGGGAACGCUAUGCGCUGUGCUUUGCGUCUUAAUGACUCAAACCUUGCACAAUCGAUUUUCAACGACGCUGCAGCACUACCAAUUUCGAAAACGGGGGCUUCGGGCGUUGACGUCCGGCGGCAGUUAGCAUAUCUACUUGCAAAGCAUCAAUUCAUCACACCUUAUGAUGAAGUCGUUGCCGACGAGGAAGAGGACCUGGCUGAAAUGCUUGGUAAUACUCGACUUUCGGAGCAUUUUGUCGCCCUCGGCAGAGAGUUGGACAUAAUGGACCCCAAGGUACGUCAGCUAUGUCGUUGCUCGCAGAUUCGGUUCAUGACGCCUACGUUUGCAGUCCAGUCAAAAUUAAUCCAAAGGAAUAGAGGCUUCAUUGAGUGACGUUCAGUUCCUUUUGCUGUGGCAACGUCUACCUGGUAUUACGAGGAGGAACUGGAAAGAAAACAGUGUCGUGCUAACUACCGAGUGUGGCCCGCAAAUAAAUUAAGGAUGCUCAAUUAACCACGAGAUUAGGAGUCCUAUUCAGCGAGGCAUAAUUAGGUCUCUAGCUUCCACCAUCCUGGAUUCAUUGCUGUUGGGUGUCAUCCCGGCACAGACUCCAUGACGGUCCUCCGUGCAGCUGGAAAGCUAUGGCCCUCAAACAUUUCAUGAUUUUGUGUGUCUCGAUUCUUCGGCGGUCACCUUCAUAGGCGGCCUUAAUCUGUUUUUAUUUUUUGCUACUUAAGAUUGCACAAUUUCAGCUCGUGUUCAGUGUUACAUCUAUCCUAAUGUAUACAUGAAAUUGCCUUCUGCCCCUAAUGUUCGAUUUAGAUGGUCAGUACCUGCUUUCCACAACAUUUUGCGUGAGAUAUUUCGUGAACUGGAUAGAAUAUUUCCGCUGCGCUGCCUCUCAACUUAAGUGGCGCAGAUCUCACUGUCAACUGGCAUCUUUAUCCAUUAGCGAUGAGAGAAGACAAGCCUGUCUGUUAAUCUGACAGCCGAGCACACCCGCAGUUGAAAACUAGUAGAGCGGCCUUCCGUGAAGGUCAGCUGUGAACUUAAGAGAUUUUUGCGUUUGGUGAAUAACCAAUCACGGACCAGCAUCUGCUGUUAUCAGGGCCCGGGGGACUGUGGCCUGACACACCAACUUUCCCAUGGAAUACCACAGUUUCCACUGAGAUAACCUACUGAUAAGACUGCAAAUAACCGCCACUAGCUGUUUACUUGACACCACUACCUUGUUGUGGUUUCCAAGGCGCAAAAACGUGAGGUAGAAACUCGAAAAAAGCAAUUAGGCCGGCCGAAGUACCCCUUGGCUAUGGCAGAUUAUGGGCAAUGCGAAAGCCCAACUAGAAAAUGUGUUCUGCCACACGGAAUUAAACGGCCGACCGCCCUGUUGUGCGCCUGGUGCUGAAGGUCAGCGGCGCAAGUCUUUAGCUGGAAGUUUACUCUCCCUCCAUUGUCUGGUAGAAUUAGAACAUAUUCUAUUUACUUGAAGCAUUGUAGACCAUACCAAUCUCCAAUACGGUAACAAAUCCAGACCGCUUUUGAGAAUCUGUCUAUGCAAAGAAUUUCCGAAACCAAUGUCCGAACACACAGUUGUCGUUCUUAUUAUAGCUCCCGUGGCAGCCGACACGCUCCGUAACCCUGCCCUAGUAGUGAGGUCAAAAAGUAUGAAAACUGAACUACUCGACGGGGAACGGACUCGCAGCAUUUUACUAAUAUGUGCUUCGUUCGUCUGUGGUCAUGCUUGGUCCCACCAACCCUGAUAUAACAGAUCACACGCUCACGCUUGACAACCUGCGACAGCGGGUCUUGAGAACUCGACUCACUCGCUUCAGCAUCUACGACGACUAAAUACCAAGGGUCCAACAACCACUUCCACUUCCUGACGGGCUUCGCUAGACCAAAUUUUUUUAGUCUACUUUCGGCGCUUUCAAGUGCGGAGGUGGUGUCAGAUCGAGAACGGUAGCACCGAACUCAUGGGGCUGGCGCCAAAGAACGUACCCAAGGCGUUUCAUUCAAGGCGAUAUCAGUGUACUUCACUUAAAGGAUAGUUCCUAGGCAACUGGUCAAACACUUCUAGUUUUCGCUCAUCUUCCACGCUCACAGUCCAACAUUCACUGACCGAAAACACUCGAGUCUUUGACCCUGGAGAUAACAUUUCGGGUUCAUAGACACAUUCUAAGACUUGUGAGAACCCUGCAAGCGUCAUCGAUUCGGAAGACGGUGUUGUAUUUGCUCUGUCGGCGUGUGAGCAACUUUACACAAGUAUUGAAAACUUUGCAUUUGUUCAGGCCGACGCCGGUUAUAUGCGAGAGGUGCCUUCUGGCCAGAAACUCAACCCAAAGGCACUAUGGUCCUUGCAAUGUUGACAGACAAGCCGACUGAUCUGGCGAUAUCGUUAACUACACCACUACAUGCUAUAGGUCAUCAUAACUGAACGCCAGCAGGGUGCUACUGUCAGCGUGAUCGUGGCCGUUCGGCUUACAUCUUCUUACAAAUUCGACAUCAUCAAAAACGCGUGUGGCUUUCAGGCAUCUAAUCAGCAAUGUAGUUAAACAGGAUAGGAGGCAGAAUGAAGCCUUGUACGCAAGACGAAAUACAACAUGAUUGAGCGGGAUUUUCUUGAACCAGAACUAUCAUUUUCUGGAGCUGGCGGGCGAAUUCUCGUUGCCGGACAGACGACAGCCGUAAAAUUCUUACGCUGAUCCAGUCAUUACGGUGGCAGUGAGCGAAUUGGCGGAUUCACUCAGCUGCCUCUCGGAACGAGGUCUUCAAAUCUGAACAUUUGCCACUGCCUUCUCCCUAGGCUAGGACUGCAGACCGAGACCGGAUUUCUGUCCCCAACAUCUCAACUGCGCUGGCAUGUCGUAGUUUGGCGACAUCAAGACAUCUUAGAGGGGACAUUUUGAAGGUGGAUUAGAGGCUAGGCUUGAACUAUGCGAAGACAAGAAUAUGGCCUGGUCCGUAGUCGUUGCUACUUCUGACACCACGCGUCGAUUUGUGAUCUCCUUGAACUGACUAUAACAUAGUCAUUUGAAUACCAGGUCAGCAGAUGUUUCUCGGCGAUGCUUAAGGCCCGUGUUGGUGAAAGCCAGCCGGUUGUGGUCAGCGAGGCACAAGAUUCUUCCACCAUUGUUGCGCCGGGAAACAAGCUGUAAGGUAGUAUUACGGGAAGUCACCAGGUCGAGCUCGACCAUUCCAGCCACCGACGACAAUCGCCAGAUGAGGGCUGUGAACUUCUUCAACCAGUUAUUACAGCAGUAAACGUCUUUUUGCCCUGCUGGUCGUCAGUUGAUGUUGGCGGGUAGACAGGAACAAAAGAGGCUUUGGCGAAGGGUCCCCUUAGCCGCGCGUAAGUUAGUCGUUCACUGGCUGGUUCCCUCAAAAGCAGGGCAUCAUUUUCCCAUUCGAAGAGGGUAAUCAUUACACUUUGUCUGUCAGAGGAGUCGUUCAGUCUUCUGUGCCAGAGAAUGAAGUGGGAGUUAACAUUCCUGGCUGUGGAUUUUUCGAGGACCUGGAAUGCAGAUACGGACUUCAGGCGUCCACGUUGUGCUGAUAAAGACCGCGCGCUGCCGGACUUAAAAUAGCAGGGUCGAGGAACGUUGGCACAUUCCGGCAUCCUUUACCAGGGUCCAUUCCCCAUUGGGUAGUGCAUCACGCAUAAUAUUCGUCUCCAUUACUGGACUGGGUUGUGGGCUGUGUCGGUCUUCGAGGACAUCGCAGCAUGUAUUUACUUGCUGAAAUGGCACAUUGUCAAGUUUUUUAGAUGUUCGAGUGCAUCCGAAUCUCCCAAAAGCGCCCUGAUCGCUGGAGGUUGUCUCCCCAAGCGCUUUGCCUGAAGAACCUAACAACGAAGUAGGGUUAACAGGAAAGCUUGUUGAGUGACGGCUCAUGUUCACCAUGUCACAGUGGCGUCAUCGGAAGAUUUUUCACCAGACCCGAAAGCCUGAAGGCCAUUCAGCCGUCCACCAUCCAUGCGUAAACCCAUCUUUGCGGGCACCCGACAUUUAAUGGUCGAAUGUGCUAACCUUAUUCUGCUCUACUACCCAAAGUCCGAUAGUGCGACAUCUUCGCUAGUACAAUGUCGAUGUCACCCACCUUCCCAGGGCCUACAUAUCAGUCUUGAGUUCCUGCGAGAGCUGGUUUAUCUAUAAUUGUCUCUGCUGCUCGCGUUGACACAGCAAAGUGAUCAUAAUCCCAAAACGUACGAACUAGGUGUUGUUUACGUGGAGAUCAAUUAGUGACCGGUUAGAGUACCUACGACCCAAAGAACAAUUUACUAAAGUGUCUGUCGUCUCCGUCUACUCACCAAUAUCGGUUGCGACGAGCGCAAGAAAGUAGCUUUUUACACACUAUUGAAGGAACUGUUUAAAAACCCCCUCGCCAUGGCCUCCAAGUUUAUUGGGUCGGACAGUUCCGUGAUCAGUUAUCUAACUGAUCGUUUUUGGCUAGGUCGUUGAUGCGAUAAUGCUGAAGGAUUGCUAAGCCUCGCCGAAAUCGGGACCGACAAUUGGCUUUCAAUAUGUGCGUCCAGCACCAUUUCAAACACCGACUAACCCGAUUUUGAUUGGCCUUAUAGGCACUCUGGCCAGCUGAAGGCUCCGUAGGUCUGUACAUGACAGCAUACCGAUGCGUGAUACCGAAACCAGCAACGCUCUCGGAUGAUACCAUGUCCUUGUCCGUCCACAUUUGGGUACUUAUGUCUCAUCCGUCCACCAAGUACUUCGUGCCAGACCUCCUAACGUCAUAUUCAACAUAGCCGAACUUCCGAAAACAGAAACGUUGUCAUAUUCUGCAGUCCGAAAUGAAGAAGGCAGUAGCCAGUGGUCAUCUUGGUAGUCCUCGAUCUGCACGGAAGUCGAGACAAUUCUCAGAUUCAAACAGCGGUGCCGCAAUAAUUAGAUCACCUCAAGAACACUUAUCUGUCCAGUCAGGUUGGGCUAGGUCCCUCCAUUAUCAUUCCUUCGGACAAUUGCGUCAAAGAGUACGGUCGGAUUGAACCGAUGUGAAAAAUUCUAGGUAACACCCUCAAGCGCCAACAGAACUUCGAUACUACCAAUUUGUUUGCUAAGCCAGCGCUAGGUGCCCUGUGCAGUGACUGUUUGCAGUAUGAAUGGCGACCUUAUCGCACAUAAUUUAGCCACGGUUGGAUGCUAGUAUCAGCACCUUCGUCGCCGUAUCAAUUUCUUUUUUGUGAACCACGCAGACUUCGUCUCGAAUGAGACACUUCAUCCCCCACCGCGACCUCGCGAGGAUAUCGAGAUACACUCAAGAGAUGUGGCCGAAGUAAUUUAAACAUAUUCUUCUUGGUUCACCACACAAGCCAAAUGUUUCUGCCAUCAGUUAAACACCGCCGUCUUACUAGAGACAACGAAGGGCUGUGCUAAAAGCAUGACUGCCUGCUGCCCGUCGGGGCCUUGAAGUGGUUUCUGGACAUCCGAUAUCCGACCUUCGCCAUUGGAGAAGACAGCCGGCCGAAUUUGUAAGAUCCACUACGACAGCUCGUCGACCAAUGUCAUUGAGGCUGACUAGAUUCGGCGUGAUCAGAACCGUAUCAGUUAAAAGCAUGGCGUUGAAGCCUCCUCCUCCCAUACUCAGAGCCCAGACACUGGCCGUGUUCGCCACCGCCUUUUCCACCCAUUGCCAGGCGAGCAGUCGCAGAUGACGACAUUCACGAGGUGGUCUCUUAUGCAUGGGCUGAGACAUCUCCAACACCGUUAUCCCUAGGUCUGCACAAAAUAAAUUAGCAAAAUCUCAACACAAACGGUAAUUAUUCCUAAUCGUAUCAUUAUAUUCGGACGAAGACGACAAUUAGACCAAAUAUGUUGUUACUCAGUGGGCCAGUUUUUCCUUGAAUGGUCUACUAAUAGAAGUAUGUGCGCUCAAAUGACUUUUCUGUCUUCUGACUAAUUAUGAUCAGAGUAAGGACACGCCCAUCUUCGCGCCUAGUCAUAUAGCCGCGAUGCUUCACAAGCACCUCUAUUUUCACUGGUUUUACUGCUUCGAUCUCAACAUUAUUGCGCACUGUCUUACACUUGUAGCUCCCCGAAGAUGUGUAUAAAACUCACCUUGAAUCUACUCGGCCUGCGAUGUCCGCCGCUAUGCUGGACUCUGCUCGAACCAACUUGGCUGCCUCAUAUGUCAAUGGCCUAAUCAAUUGUGGGUUCGGUAAAGAGAAACUUAUUCAGGAUGAUGCAAAGGAGAUCAAUUGGAUUACUAAACAAAAAGACCUUGGUACGUUCCCCACCCGUCCAGUGUACAGUCACAUCUUCCUCACGGAUACAUUCCAAGAAUCCACGAAGCCAGUACUGCAGUGUUUGAAUAUGUAGGCCCACGUGUUUGUUACCAUAACAUACCUACUUAUCUAAUUCAGGAGGAAUUUCACGCCAGAGUUCAUCCGUGGUAUGGCGUUUUGGGUUGAAAUCGGGAUUUGGUCUGGCGUCCGGAUUUUGCGGCCAGGGUUGAGUUUAGGGUUAGCGACAGGUUAAAAAUUAGGGUUUAGGCAAACGGUUAGUAUCAGAGUUAAGUUUACUUGCCGCACGCCGUCUUACUCAAUCCAGCCUUCUUUGACCAACAACCUUGUUUUACCUGUUUUCUGCCCGUUUGUACGCCCUGACUCCCAUCUUUUAAAUUGCGCGACCUGCUCCGGCACCUUGAAUAAUAAAGCAAACAUAUGACGGAAAUGCGAGUUUUCUCAAUGCCUUCCACAGAUUACGUUUAUUGCCGCGUCUAGCUGACCUACGGAUAAAACUAGUAUGAACACUUUUCCCGCAUCACGGGACUCACUGUGCACCAUUUUCUCAGUGGGCUUGCACAUUAGUUCCUUGCUUUGACAGCUUUCUGAGCAUGCCGUCUAGGUGUCCUUUUUCGCUAACCCUCUUCACGUUACUCACCAUUACCUCUUUUUUUCCUUUACAGGAAAAAUGAGCACUGUAGCGACCCUUGGCUGGGUUCUGCUAUGGGACGUCGACAGCGGUCUUUCCCAGAUCGACAAAUAUCUCUAUGCUGUAGAUGAUCACACGCAGGCAGGUGCGCUGCUGGGUUGUGGGGUGGUAAAUUGCGGUGUGAAAAAUGAGUGCGACCCCGCUCUGGCCCUGUUGAGCUGUUAUGUGGAAAACUCAACCGAUGUGCUCUCCCGUGCCGCCAUAAUCGGCCUGGGUGUUGCCUACGCAGGCUCCAUGAAGCAGGAGGCCAUUACUUGUCUCAUUCCGGCCAUUCUGGACACCUCCUCGACGCGCCUCCAGCAUGCCUGCUUGGCUGCUCUGUCCACAGGCAUGAUAGCUGUCGGUUCUAUGAACGACGAAGUCACGUCUACCAUCAUUCAGACCAUGCUUGAAAGACCAGUCAGCCACUGGAACAAUACAUUCAGCAAGUUUAUGGCCCUGGGUCUGGCACUGACAUGCAUGGGACGCCAAGAAGAGGUCGAUGUCAUCCUGGCCUCCCUGGAAGCAGUCUCCGAGCCGAUGAAAUCCAUGGCACACAUGAUGUGCGACGUCUGUGCCUACGCUGGUAAGCGCGUGCUACUCCAUUUUGCAAAGUUCUGCCUGGAUAAGUAAAACAUUCACUGGUUUCUAAUUUUGUCUCUUAACUAAAGCAUAACGUACCCAGUGUUCAAGAAAAUCACGGCCUGCAGAUGCGCAAAAGUUGGACGACCACCUAUGCCCACCUUGGUAGAAUUAACGUUGAAGCGCGUGAGUAGCCUAGCCAGUGUAAGCUUUGUAGCUUAAUCAUGCAACUCGUCUAAUCUAGUAUUUAUUCGCUUGCCGAGUACAUGGAUAUAGACUUGCGUUAGUUGCAGUUUUUCGCCGAAUACUGCCAAUCAAAUCAAGUUUCCCAUGCCCGAUGAAUCGAAUAAUGUCCACUGAUGGGCUUCUAACCCAGUUAUUUACCGUUUCGGCUGACAUCCAGCUGCAUAUACUACAUCUCUCGCCCAACGCUGCAUAACUGCACAAAGCUCGUUGCAUAAGUAUUUAACAGACUUGAUGACGUCAUUAUCUCCCCUUGCUCUUAGGGCUCACUGUUUAUAAAUGUUCCGAACCAAAAGUAAGAUAUGCCGUUUUUAAGUUGCUGUUUUUUUUCGACUGCCGGCAUCCCGGAGUGCUUUAAUUGUGCAUGAAAUUCUGUUCAUCAUCAACCCAUAUGGUCGGAAAUUCCUGGACUCGUUUCAUGUUCAGAAGCCAUUGAUCAGACGUUUGACAAGGAACCAAAAAGUCCCACUUGAAUAAAGUAGAGCAUGCCUCAGUACUUCCCUAAAUUCUCACGCUUGCUCACCCUGCAGGUAGUGGGAAUGUACUGAAGAUUCAGAAUCUCCUUCACAUUCUUUCGGAGAAGUAUGAAGAGAAGGACAAAAUCGACAAGGCGAAGAAUGCAGCAGAAAAGGCUAAGACCUCCAGAGAGAAGGAUAAGAAGGAGUCUCGCCGGGGCGGCGCCCGCGGUCGUUCCCGCCGAAGCGGCCAGACCCCUGCCUCAGAUGCCGGCGCGGAGGCUCACGCGGAGGAGACGACAGAGGCAGCCACGGCAGAGGGCAAGGAGACGAGCCAGACAGCCGAGACUGCCGAAAACACGCCAAUGCAAGUCGACGAGCCAACUGAGGAGAACGCCUCCGGUUUUGAAUUUCACGCCCAUCAGGGCCUAGCCGUUUUGGGUGUUGCUAUCAUCGCGAUGGGCGAGGAAAUUGGCCAGGAGAUGGCUUUCCGCAUGUUUGGUCAUCUGGUGAGUCCCGUCUAGGGCAAAAACCCUCUCAGGCUUUUCAGAUUUUCCAAGCUGGAAAUGGCUAUUCCAGCCUCCCCUGUCUUCGUCAAUAAUAACAUUUUCCAAACUGUCAGAAAAGGCAUCAUUUAGCCGGUUGAUAGGAGCUCGAAUUGUCCUCAUGCACGUGCUGUGAAGAAAUUGGACCUACAGUAAAUGUGCUAACCCAUGAAACGUUAACCGGAGUUCUGAAAUGCGUUUUCGACUCCAAAGGAUUACUUAAGUAGAGUUGUUAUAUUAAUAAUCGUGCAGCAUAAUCCCAUAAUAAUUCAGUUACUUCAGGGUGUCGACUUUUGAAUGAACUUCUUUUCGGGUGCCUGCCUCGGUAAAAAAAACGACUACUUAAGUGGCAUGAAAUUUUCUCACUGAUUUUUGCCGCUCUUAUAAAUGGAAAUAUAUUUCAUGGAAAACAUGCAUAAAAAUAUUCACUCUUUUACUCAUAGAAAAUUACGUCUUCAAAUUUUUGUGCUUAAAGGAAGGGUAUAAUUCGCUUUUAAAAAAGUCACUAGUUAUGAGACUUUUUAAGGCCGUAAAAUGUCAAUUCAAGAAACAUCGUGUCUCUGCAUUUACUGAUAUUGCUUGUAAAGUUUACAAUAUCCUCAAAUCCACUGGUAAAUUUCACGAACCCCUAUAUGGUCUCCUCUUAAUAAUGUAGAGAAAUGCAUGAUUCUCCGUACACGGAAAAUAUAAAGCUUGUCGUUUUGAAACCCUAAAUGCAAGGGUAACGGCGUGUCAGUUUCAAAAGUAUUCGGGAUUUUGAAACGUUUUUAAAACUGGAUUAUAACCUUCCUUCAAACGUGCAAUUUGAGGAAGACGUGAUUUUCUAUAAAAUUAAGUAGAAGCGUAAAUCUUUUUAUCCCUGUUUUCUAUAAAAUAUAUUUGAAUUUACAAGAGCAUCAAAAAUCAGUGAGACAAUUUCAUGUUGCCUAAGUAGUCAUUUUUACCAAGUGUAAUCUUUGCAGGCAGCCGAAAACAAGUUCGUUGGAAAGCCGACAUCCUGAAGUCACUGAAUUAUUAUGGGAUUAUGCUGCACGGCCAUUAAUUUUACUACCCUACUUAAGUAAUCUUUUUGAGUCGAAAACGCAUUUCAGAAUUUCGGCUAACGUUUCAUGAGUUAGCACAUCUACUGUAGAUGCUUCCGUUCGUCUGUUUUAAUGUCCUAUAAACUCGCUUUGUCGUUGGAAACUAUCUUUGUUGUCACCCUUUUUCGUUCAAAUUCUUGCCAAAACUUGCCAUGAGAGCACUUCAGCCGAGAAGUGAAACUUAGGAUGCAAUACUAAUGAAUAUUAGGCAAACUUUCCAGUUUGCAAGCCUUUUGCGCAGAUAGGUCACACUCCCCCUUCAUUCCUAAACGUAGCCCAUUGCAUUUGUCCCUGGCGCUCACCUUUUUGAUGUAAUUCUGGUUUCAGGCCCUUUUUCAGUCCGAUUGGUUUGAAAGUAAUCGUAUUUCCCAUUGUAUCGCUUUUUCCAUCAUAAACUUUCAGCAAAAGUAAGCCUAAAGUCUUAUUUAUUAGGAAGAAAACUGCUAAUCUGCAUUCAGCCCGUUAGACCAACAGUAGGUUUCCUUGUGUGAAUCAGAGGGCAUGCACACAGCUUAAGUGCUACUUUGUUCCUGUCUGAAUAAUAGGUUGCCCAUUUAGGGGGGGGGGAGGAUUAGUAUAUAAACUGAAAAGAGAGGCUAGUCAAAAUCACCCCUUUUCGCACACUUGCCGUUCCACCUGACCCUGUCUUAAUCACCGCACUACCUCACUCCUUCUUUGAUCCAGCUUCGUUUCGGUGAAACGCCAAUUAAGCGAGCCGUGCCCUUGGCGUUGGCCCUCUGCUAUCUCUCCAACCCUCAGCUAAAGGUAUUGGACACGCUGAGUAAAUUCAGUCACGAUUCUGAUCCCGAGUUGUGCUACAACUCAAUCCUGGCCAUGGGUCUCGUUGGCGCUGGUAAGUCUUCUCUACCAACUUUACUGCUGCGCAUGUUUUUCGCGAGUUAACUCGACGUAGAACUGUUCUUUUGUCUGAGACUCCUAAAAUUUUAAAAAUUCGUGUCGUCUACAGUGCAAACCUAGAUGAUUGAGAGUCACUGGAGUUCAGAUGCGUCAAGCGUCCAGAACGAGGACAUUUAUAUACUGUUUGGAGCAGUAGUCUUCAUUCACUCUCACCACCAUGUGUUCUUACCGGUGAGAAUCGUAGAUUUUAGUCCCGCUCGUCAAGUGACUGUUUUGCCUCUGGCCUCCUGGAAGUUAAUUCGAAUGUUACCGAUUUAUGUCCCCUGAUUUCUGUAGUGUCAUGCUAGCAAGCGUUUCCAGCCCUUUUGAAGUCAGGUGCCUGUAGAAGGCUGAUUAGGGUUAAUCGCUUAGUUGCUGUCGUUUGUUUCUCUGUCGAGGUUGAAACUGCAGGCUAUAUGCUUCAUUAGGCAAUCACAAGAAACGUCUCCAUUGCAGGCUUCGCCACUUGUCCGCGACUGACGUCUCACGUCGUUUUUUCAAGUUUUCCCGUUAUUAGAAGACGCUGCUGGCUUAUCUUUCUAAUCACCUAGACCAUAGCUGUCAGGCCAUGAUAUGUAGGAUGUAUGCGGUCCCUGAAAUCUGUGGACUCUUCCCAGUAGAGGACUAACUACCUGGGCAACUAACCGCCCUCCAUAGUUGUGUGCGGAUCACCCGUCCAUCCACUUCACUUACGCCAUCACCUCAGUCACUUUGCGCAGUCAGCUACGGGCCUGUCUCCAGUGCACUGUGACUCCAACCAAAUUGAAUGACGUGAACUGCCUGCGACAAGUUUUUCAAGGCAUUGGCUCAGUCAGGCGCCCGCGGCUACGUAGUGGGUUAGACCAUCAUACAAAGCGUAUGAGUAUCGUCCAGUUUGCGUCUCCUUAUUAGACUUCUAGAAGUCUUCUCGGCUUGAUCGAGGAGUCCUUAACCAUUUGUAUCCUAGUGUUGGUCCUCCCUAAACCGAUAAUUCCCCCGAUGCGUCGAGCCAAAACGGGAGCCUUAGUGGCUUUUAGUAGGCACUAGUCCGGGUACGCUGAGUUUAAGUGGGUACCUAACCAUUGCCGCGCAUGUGCACGACGCACGCCGGCCUAUGCCACUGUGCCGAAUUUACAACAUUGGCCUGUUCAUAACCCCAGACUGGCCACUCGCGCAUGGAAGAGGGAAGAGGUGUGACCGACACAGAGUUGCCCUUUCUCAUAGCAAUAUCAGCGUCCGUACCACGUAAAAAGCACCGAUUCUUGUCCGAUUCCUCACUAUAAUACAUCUGACGCGCCACAGUCGUGUCUUGAGAGUUCCAACCGACAGCGUAGCUCAGCUCUUUUCAGGACCGACGGUCAGGCUGCGAUGGCACUCAUGUGAAAUCCGAGAAGUUUAGUGCAUGUUGUAAAUCGCCUGUGGCACGCUUAUUUAGGCUGUUUAUCUGAGUCAAGUGUUGCAUCCACGCCAUCUCCGACCAUCCUAAACCUGUCUUGUUGUUGGAGCACGGUGAGUGUGAGAGCGAGGUAGAUGCAGCUUCUUUUUAAGUGACUUCGCACAUCCGUCGCCUUUGUGCUCCAUCCCCAACACUUGUGGGCACCACCGUUUGCGAUGGAAAAACUACCGUGAUCCAGUCCAAUUCCACGCAGAACCCACUUUUUUGCCAUAUUUUAGGCCUAGGAGCACUUCAGCAAACGCACUUGCACUUCCGAAGUGCCUGCUGAGGCGGCUUUCGGCCGGUCUGACAGAUAAGGCCAUAACUGAGGUCAGCGGUAUUUAUCUACUCCCCAAACCGAAAAUUUGUCGUUCCACUUACCCUAUGCGGUGCGAACUCUCAUUGUCAGAGGACGAAAUAUUGAGCAACAGCUGCAUCGACGCUGACACUAGACUGUUCCGGAUGUUUCCCUGCCGUACACUGGAAAGAGUAAAAGCGACGGGACGCUUCAACCCACGUAGCGUCGAGAUCUGUUUUUGCCCGAGGACCCGAUGCUGCACAUCAGAUGACUUAAAAACUACUGCAGUCGCUGUUUACGGUGGAUACAUUAUUCUUUGUUUCAACUGCUCUAAUGACGUUUGCCAUGUUUAACGAAAUGUGGCGGAAUAUUUCUCACCCCCUUCAGUAAGACUACUGUGUUUACCUCCACUCAAUAUCCGCCCCUUUAGUUAUGGAGGUGACUUUGGUGCAUAGUGUGUUUAAAUCCGACGGGCUUACCUUCUAAUGCAUCGUUGUGGCUCAGAUAUUAAGCUGCUUCGAGCCAGCUCGGAAGUCCUCUCGGCCACAUCACUUCCCUUAUUUUCUGAAUACUAGUCGCUCCUUUGUGCUCCGCCCUCAUGUUCCCAGCCGAUGAUAACGCGGACCACUUAUCUAACCCUUCAGUAAGGGGAUUUUGCCACAUUUAGCUAUUGCAUUUUCCUGUGACCUGCGAAUUACAAGCAUCCCUUCGAGAGUUCACCGACCUGUGCGGAUCCUCAACUACGCAGUCUGACUUGAAGUUUCCUGCUUGCACAAGAAGCCUCGGUAGAGGCAAACAGAAGUUCAUCUUUCGUUGCCUACUCAGGAUCACCAAUGGAAGCAACAGUUGAAAGUAGACCCUUCUGUAUGACCUUUCUGUCGACCUCAAUUAUAGCCUGAUCUGUCAGGUUGGGCGGAAAGCCGCCUCAACAGGCAAAACCCCGGUGAUGUUGCUCUGCCCUCCAUACAACACUACCUGAGUAACCCUUUCUAAUCGGAAGCGAAUUUCGGUCAACAUUUCAUGAGAUAGGCCAGCAGUUUUACGUAUUCCAUCGCUUCGCAUUCUACCCUCCGCAGCUUCUCGCCCAUAGACCGCCAGUAAUAAUGGGUUGCUGCCCAAGCAAAUCAACAUGUCAGAUCUUUUCACAUGCUGACAUAACGGGAAACGUUCCCCUUUUUCACUUAUCGAAUCGAGCCCAGCGUUGCUUUAGUUUUUGUUUUUCUUCGAUCCAAUACGGCUCCCUCAGGACGCACUUUUCAGCCGCACCUUUAGUGCUGUAUUCAGUAAUAAUUUUAAUCUUAACUGUUAGUUGCAAUGUAGGUAAAAAAAAACCUACCUCACAUUCACUAUACUUCCGCCCAGGUACCAACAACGCCCGACUGGCCGCAAUGCUUCGUCAGCUGGCUGUCUACCAUGGACGCGAUCCAUUCAACCUCUUCCUGGUACGCCUAGCUCAGGGCCUUACCCAUCUCGGCAAGGGUACUCUCACGCUGUCUCCAUGGCACUCCGAUCACUUCCUUCUUCGCCCCGUCAGUCUGGCCGGUGUGCUAACGCUGCUGGUGUCCUGUCUGGACAUGCGCAUGACUUUCAUGGGUCGGAGCGAUUAUCUUAUCUUCUACCUGACGCCCGCCAUUCAGCCACGACUGCUGAUGACCUUUGACAAGGACUUGAAACCCCUCACGGUAACCGUCCGUGUCGGUCAGGCGGUCGAUGUGGUUGGUCAGGCCGGACGACCGAAGACAAUCACCGGCUUUCAGACGCACACUACACCGGUUCUGCUGGCUCACGGGGAGCGGGCUGAGCUUGCCACGGAUGAGUACGUACCAGCCACGAAUCUGCCCCUGGAAGGUUUUGUCAUUCUCGCAAAGAACCCUUCUUACGAGAAACCAUCGGCGUAG